UCACUGGAAAGACUGGAAAAAGUUCCAGCGAUUUCCCGUAAAUAAAAGAAAUAAAAAGUGAUUUUUUUUGGAAAUUCUGUAGUUUUUUUGCAAUAAUUCUUGUUAAUUAGAGUUUUAUAUGUUAGUAUGUUUAGCAUAUAGGUGGAAUAUUUAUUAAUUUACUAAAAUGUUCCUCCGGAACUUCUCAAAUGCCUCAAAAUUAUUAAGGCAGAAUCCUACGCAGCAGACACUAUUCCACAGAUCAAGUCCCUCCCGGAUAAACUUGGUGUGUAGGCAGUUUAAGAAUGAAAGCAGAAAUGGUUCGCAGGGUAUCCGGACGACACAGCAAUCACUGGCUCCGACGCCUUUUGAGAAGUUUGCUGCGGAGGGAGGACACAUGAACCCCACUCGGCUGUGGAAGCCUCUUGUCUUUACCCUGGCGGUAUCAACAGGAAGCUUUGUUUCUGUGACCAUAUGGGAGUACGAGAGAGUCCGGGCGAAGAUUCUCCGAACUGUGAAGGGAUCCUCAACAGCUAGCUGGUUUAAGAGUAAAAUUAAUGGAACACAGAAAAAAGCGAAUGAUUGGAGAAACGAAGUUCAGUCGUGGUGGCGCACCCUCCCCGAGGGCGAUCGUAUUUUCAUCCCUCUCUGUGCAAUUAAUGUCCUUGUGUUUGCCCUGUGGCGCAUUCCCACCCUCCAGCCCACAAUGGUGAAGUAUUUCUGCUCCAAUCCCGCCGCUAGGGCAAUCUGCUGGCCAAUGUUCCUCUCCACCUUUAGCCAUUACUCCCUGUUCCACAUCUUCGCCAAUAUGUACGUUCUGCGAUCCUUUGCAAAUCCCGCGGUGCACGCUCUGGGCCGGGAGCAAUUCCUGGGACUCUACUUGAGUGCUGGUGUGAUGUCCUCCCUGGCCAGCUACAUUUACAAGAUAGGCACAAAGCAGGCAGGGCUCUCUCUGGGCGCUUCUGGAGCCAUCAUGGCAAUCCUGGCGUAUGUGUGCACGCAGUAUCCGGACACACAGCUCAGCAUCAUCUUCCUGCCCAUGUUCACCUUUUCUGCAGGAACAGCCAUCAAGUGCAUUAUGGGUGUUGAUCUCAUGGGGCUCGUGAUGGGCUGGAAAAUCUUUGACCAUGCCGCUCAUCUCGGUGGGGCGCUCUUUGGGCUAUUUUGGUUUUACUACGGAAGUGUUUAUCUCUGGCCCAAGAGGGAAGUCAUCCUGCGAGAGUACCACAAAAUCCGGGAGCAGAAGAGCAAAUAGGAUCAUUUAUUACAAUUCCUUGUUUGGAUAGACUUCAAAGAAUGGUUCAAUAAAUUAUUUUUGAAUGA